UGUGGACCCCCAAACCUCAUCGACUAUCAUCUGCCACCACCGCCGACCUCGAAUUUUAACCCUCGUCGUACCUUGACCAUCUACGACCUCUUCCAUUCGCUCUCUCCUUCUUACAAGGCUGCGCUCUGUCGCUUCGACGACCUCUUCACUUUCAUUCAAUCAACGACAACUUCCAUCGUCCUUCGUCAAGACUCGACAACAGCGGUUCCCUUUCGAUCGCUAUCUGCAGCCAUGCUGUUCCCCCUCUGAGAUAGCCGUGUCGUCCUCCAACCACCUCCCGCAGCCCACCUGCGGGCGCAUACCACUACCACAACCACCCCCACCUCGAAUAUGACACAAGAGGGCGAGCAGAAUGUCGUAUGGCCACAGGAUAUGCAAGAUGAUGGAAUGGUCGCUGGGGUCGGCGACGACGACUUCACAAAAUUCCUCGACCUCGAUAAUGACUUUCAACAUUUUACCUCCAUGAACAAUGGCCAUUCCGGCCUCGACACCCCCAUGGGCCGUCUCGGCUUCGGCAAUCCUAAUGGCGAUCUCGCCUAUGCCAACCAGGAGCAGAUGCAGAUGAAUCUGCCUGUUACGACUGAAUCGGUCGGUUAUCAGAAUCAUCUGGCCUCGAAUCAGCCAUACGGGCAGUAUCAGCCGCAGUACCAGCAGAUGCAGAUGCCGCAGCAAUACCACGUCCCUCCGACGCCUGUGAGCGCUGAGAUGCAGGCCAGGAAGUAUGUGCAUCAGAUGGGGAACAAUGGGCAGAUACUUUUUGAUCACCAGCAGGUCUCGUUCACUCCGCUAGUGUCUCCUGCGCAAACCCCCAUGGACGGUGGCUUCACCAUGUCCGACUAUGGUCUCGCCGACGAGUUUUUCAGCCCUCUAACCUCACCUGCAAUCGAGGCGCAAGCGGCAUUCAGUGGCACAGGUACCACGGCGUCUCCCGUCGAUCUGAAUGCUGAUCAGGGCGCUCCCAACACGUCGCAACCAGCCGCCAAAAGACCCCGGCGCAAAGUCAACGGCCAGACUCGUGCAUAUGCGCGGAGCGUGAAGCAAUCCCCAGCUAUGAAGCCGAACCAUCGCAGCCGACAUCCGUCGCUUAGUUCCCUACAGUUGGACAAGAUCGGAAACAUGCUUCCCCAGACGGCCCAGGGAGCCACUUUGUACCCAUCGGCGCCCAACAGCGCUGUGAUACAACCCAGCGAUGAUUCCGUGUCGCCAGAACCCUUGUCAGAAGCUGCCAUGAGACCUCCUCCGGUGCCGCCCAAUGUCAAGUCUCCUCAACCCGGUGCCAACUCGCAAAAUUCCAAUAACCCAGUCACACCGGCCACGUUGAUGAGAAUGCCGAGUACGCAGUCGGUCUCGGCAAAACAGAUGGAACAGCUGGUUUCUGCCCAUAAUUUGGACGAGCCCAUGGACGAUAUUAUGCUCCCAGACGCCGCAGCAGGCCCACCUAUCUUGGCCCAACUCGAUACCACCAAGAAUGGCGACGAUACUGAAAACACGCCCACGCUUUCGGCCAAGUCGGCAAAAUUGAGCGCCAAUAGUACGCCUCGCGGUGUGUUGAUCAGGACUGACUCGCAAGAGACUUUUGCGAAGCCUGGAAAACUCGACACUCGAGGAGGUCGCGCCAGCAAGAAGCGCCAGAGCACUUCUUCUGCCACCAUUUCUCCCGCUUUGCGCCCCAAAAUCUCUCCUAGCAUCAAUCCUCUAGCUCCGGCGACGGGUCCAGGCAUGGCCCAUCUUUCUGCAGAAACUAGCGCCCUGUACCUCGCAUCAAAGUCCAACUACCAAAACAUCCUCGAAGGCACACAUCUUCCUGGAGUCUCCUAUCCAGAGACUCUUGCCGAAAAUCUGACAUCAAAGCGAACGUCGCAUAAGAUCGCCGAACAGGGACGCCGGAAUCGUAUCAACCUUGCGCUCAAGGAGAUCGAGACUCUCCUGCCCCCUGCAAUAAUUGCUUCCUGUGGAAAGAAGGAAAGAGCGGGCUCCCAGGACGACGACGCCGAAAGCAAAGCAUCUGCCUCCGCCCAAGGAGCCAGCAAAGCCAGCACGGUCGAAAUGGCGAUUGUCUACAUCAAGAGUCUGCAGACCGAAUUGAAAGACACGAAAGACAGACUCGAGUCGGUUGAGAAGAAAUUCGCAGCAGACGGAGGCAGCAGCGCCGAGAGCCACUCAUCCGAAGGCUGAAGCCGGUGUUCGGUCGAGAUUACCUCCCCUUCAGUUGAUCCAGGUUUAAUGGCUUUAACGGCGUGAUGGUUGAUGAGUUUACUGAUCGGCGAUGAGAGACUAAGUUUACAACAGACACAAAGAGGGCCUUAUUUAUCGGUGAUACAGACCUUGGGUUGAACAUACAGGGAGGGUCGAUUACUCUUGGCUGAUGUCAAUUGUGAAUCUUGAGUCUUGAACCUCUGAUGAGAGUUCAUAGAACGCUUGCAUUUGAUACUAAAAAGUCUCGCCAAAGGAGCGAGCAGUGUUCCUGCACAUAAAGUGAGGCACGUGGAUAGCCACCACCAAAAUCAAACAUGUUUAAAUACUG